GGGUGCGAGAGGUCCCGAGUUCGAUUCUCGGAAUGCCCCUAUUACAUUUUUAUUAUUAGUUCUUUUCACCACCGCCAUACGUGUAAGUGCAACAGACCAACAGAAACCCAUUAAACCCAGAAAAACCCUUAAAACCAUUUACCAAACGCAAAGGCGACAAUUUCAAUCUUCCUUUUGUGUGUUUUUUUUUGAUGUAAUUUCUAAAGGCAGCAAAAGCAACAAUCUCUGGUUAGUUUUUCCAUCGGAAUUUUAGCUUUAAAUCUCUGAGAGUGAGGUCCACUCUAGGAUUUUCGGCUCCGGCGGAUUAGGCCCAAGACCUUCUUCUAAAUACAUAACCUCCGAUACAAAUUCUCAAGUAAAAGAGGGAAGAUGGUGUUUGGGCAAGUUGUAAUUGGUCCACCUGGAUCAGGGAAGACUACUUACUGCAAUGGUAUGUCUCAGUUCCUCAAGCUCAUUGGAAGGAAGGUCGCUGUUAUCAAUCUCGAUCCCGCUAAUGAUGCAUUACCUUAUGAGUGUGCUGUGAACAUUGAGGAUCUAAUAAAACUGAAUGAUGUGAUGAUGGAGCAUUCUCUUGGUCCUAAUGGUGGCCUUGUAUAUUGCAUGGAUUAUCUAGAGAAAAAUGUUGACUGGUUGCAAGCUAAAUUGGAACCUCUUUUGAAAGAUCAUUAUCUCCUCUUUGAUUUCCCUGGCCAAGUGGAGUUAUUUUUCCUUCACUCCAAUGCUAAGAGUGUUAUUAUGAAACUUAUAAAAAAGUUAAACCUUAGGUUGACUGCGGUGCAUUUAGUUGAUUCUCAUCUUUGCAAUGACCCUGGGAAAUAUGUUAGUGCAUUGCUACUCUCCUUGUCCACCAUGCUUCAUUUGGAACUACCACACAUUAACGUCUUGUCUAAGAUUGAUUUGAUAGAGAGCUAUGGAAAACUAGGUUUUAACCUUGAUUUCUAUACAGAUGUACAAGAUUUAUCGUAUCUACAGAACCUUCUUGCUCAGGAUCGUUACUCUUCCAAGUACAGAAAGCUCACUAAGGAGCUCUGUGAUGUAAUCGAUGACUUUGGUCUUGUCAAUUUUACAACCUUAGAUAUUCAGGAUAAAGAGAGUGUGGGCAAUUUAGUUAAGCUGAUAGACAAGACCAAUGGAUACAUUUUUGCUGGCAUAGAAGCUAGUGCAGUUGAAUUCAGCAAGAUCGCAGUUGGCCCUCUUGAUUGGGAUUAUUACAGAUAUCCUUUUAUUAUUAGUUAUUUAAAAUGCUCUGCUCAUAAUUGUUUAUACUUCCAAUUUUCUCAAGAGUUGCAUCAUGUUUUGAGCUUUGACAGAACUCUAUGCUGAGAAAUGUAGAUUUACCACGAGUUGCCCUCUAAGAGAAGCUGUGGGACCUCGAAAAUAUUUUUAUUUUCUUCUUUUAUGUAGCUUGACCAUCUCCAUCAUAUCAGAUUGUGCAUUCGAGAUUGCAUAAUGAACAACGCUAGAGAUACUGAGAAGUCUAUCAAUAUGUAUACCAAGUGAUGAUUUCAUUAUUUGAUUGGCUUAUAUUCAGCUACAAUUAUCCUUCAAGGGUUUGAUUUAUCCAUAUUUAGGUUGUAUUAAUAUAUCAAUGAUGAAAUAAUAAGUCUCCUUACCACAUCAUCGUGGUAAACAGGCUGUUAGA